AUGCCAAGUUUGUUCAAACAGGGAGAUGUAAUGAUAGGGGGAAUUUUCCCACUUUUCAACAAAGAGAUACGCAGCAUUUACACGUUUGAAAGGGAGCCACCUGGAGUGAAGUGUGCGGGAUUUGACCUGCGAGCUUUCAGAUGGACCCAAGUGAUGAUAUUUGCAACUGAGGAAAUCAACAAAGAAUCCACUCUCCUGCCAAACAUAACACUUGGUUAUAGGAUCCUUAACUCUUGUGCAUCUCCUACAAAUACGUUACGUGCUGCACUAACACUGGCCAGUGGACCAGAGGAGAUAAAGUCAACUUCCACUUGUCCUCCAGCUAUAUCUGCCCUCAUAGCAGAGUCAGGAUCAUCUCAGUCCUUAGCUGUGGCUGGAACUCUUGGACCAUUUCAAGUGCCAAUAGUAAGUUACUUCUCAACAUGUGCCUGUCUCAGUGACAGAGCUAAAUACCCAACAUUUUUUCGGACAAUACCCAGUGACUACUUCCAGGCAAAAGCUCUGGCAGCUCUGGUCAAACGUUUUGGCUGGCAGUGGAUUGGGGCCAUACAGUCAGACAAUGAUUAUGGCCGGAAUGGCAUCCUGGCUUUCACUGAAGAGGUUAAGAAGCUUGGGGUUUGUAUUGCAUUUGUCGGCACAAUUCUACGUACACACACUAUGGAUAAAAUUCUGGAUGUUGUGGAAAUGAUCAAGCAGUCAACAGUCAAAGUCAUACUGGCUUUUAUUCCUGAAGGCGACUUUUAUCCGUUGAUGAAAGAGGUAGUAAAACAGAACAUAACUGGAAUUCAGUGGAUUGCAAGUGAGGCCUGGAUAACAGCACCGAGACCCUCCACGCCUGAAAUCUACAAGGCUUUUGGUGGAGCCUUAGGAUUUGUAGUGCAGAAGAUGGCUAUUCCAAAUCUUAAACCAUUUCUUACAGGCAUUAGCCCUCAUGCAGACCCAAGUGGCGCCUUUGUGAGGAAUUUCUGGGAGAUUAUGGUGGGCUGUAGAUCUGUUUUACCUGGUGAGCACUCAGCUACGGAGGCAACAAAUGAAAUGUGUACAGGCAAUGAGACAUUACUAUAUUCUCAGGAUAUGUUCUUCAACGUCACACAGCUCAGAGUGUCCUAUAAUGUGUACAAAGCAGUAUAUGCCAUUGCACAUGCCCUACAUCAGCUGGUAUUUUGCCAACCAGCCCACCAACCAGCAGAAAAACCACUGAGGCCAUGUUUGAAUAUAUCAGAAAUUCAGACCAAACAGGUCACUGCUCACCUACAAAAGGUACAUUUCAGAAAUCAAUUUGGGGAUAAUGUGUUAUUUGAUGAGAAUGGGGACCCUCCUGCUUCUUAUGAUAUUAUUAACUGGCAGCUGAGAGACGGGCAGGUUCAACAUGUGUCACUGGGUCAUUUUGCAUCUGCUGCAAAUGGUGAUUAUAAGCUCAGCGUCCGGGAGGAAGAGAUAGUGUGGAGGACAGGAAAAAUGGUUCCCUCAUCAGUGUGCUCGAAUGUUUGUCCAGUAGGAACCAGGAAAGCUCAAAUUAAAGGAAAAUCCACCUGCUGCUUUGACUGUAUCCCCUGUGCCGAUGGAACUAUAGCCAACUCAACAGGUGCAGCAGACUGCACACCUUGUCCACGAGAAUACUGGUCCAGUGAGAGGAAAGAUGCGUGCAUUCCCAAAACAGUUGAAUUCCUGACAUAUCACGAGCCAAUGGGAAUAGCUAUCACAGCUGUAUCCUUGCUGGGAGCCUCCCUGUCUCUGGCCAUCAUGAUCGUUUUUGUCAAGUACAGAGAAACCCCAGUGAUAAAGGCCAGCAACACUGAACUAAGCUGUUUCCUGUUGUUUUCCCUUUUCUUGUGUUUUCUCUGUCCCCUCACUUUCAUCGGCAGACCCACAGUUUGGACAUGCAUGCUCCGCCACACAGCUUUUGGUGUGACAUUUGCUCUCUGCAUUUCCUGUGUCUUAGGGAAAACAAUUGUUGUUGUCACAGCUUUCAAAGCCACAUGUCCUGGCAACAAAAUCUCAGGAAAAUUUGGCCCUGCACAGCAAAGAAUCAUAGUUUGCUCCUGCACUUUUAUUCAGAUUGUGAUAUGUAUAUUGUGGCUUAAGUUAGAUCCCCCUUUCCCAGACAUGGUUUUUAGAUACAGCAAUAGGAAGAUCGUUUUAGAAUGUAACACAGGCUCUGAAGCUGCUUUCUACUCAGUGCUGGGGUAUAUAGGGAUCCUAGCAAUCAUUUGUUUGGUCUUGGCAUUUUUAGCGAGAAAGUUGCCCGAUAACUUUAAUGAAGCCAAGUUUAUCACAUUCAGCAUGUUGAUAUUCUGUGCAGUGUGGAUCACGUUCAUACCUGCAUAUGUCAGUUCUCCUGGAAAGUUCACAGUAGCUGUGGAAACGUUCGCAAUUUUGUCCUCAGCCUUUGGCUUAUUAAUUUGUAUCUUUGCACCUAAAUGCUACAUAAUAUUGGUCAAACCAGAGAAAAAUACCAAGAAACACAUCAUGGCAAAGAUUUGA